UGGAGACUCAUGAGCACACACAACAAGAAUACACUCUGGAGCGUCACGUGGGAAGGGGGAGGAUGUCUUUACGACACUUCAAUCUGUGUACGACGCAAAAGCUGUCAUGGAGACUAGCUGUCGCGAGAGAGCAGUCACACUGGUUCCACCUCAACUCCAGUUAAUAGUUAAUAUGUGCCCUGCAGUCAUUUGUAUCCCUUCGGUCUACCGGAAAUCCUUUAUUUAAUAAACAUCGAUCUUCGUCAUAAGUAGAAACAGACAUCCGGACAAGAGAUGAGUAUCUUUGUUUUUCUCUUUCUUUUUUCCCCUCAUAUUUUUACCAUGAACGUUUAUUCUCACACUUAAAACGUAAUGCUGUUCUACUAAAUUAACAUAUUUCACAUGAAAUAUACUUUAUGACAAUGUUUCAAGAUAAAUCAUAAAAUUAUGGUAAUUCUCAUUUUUAUGUAUUUAUGUGAAUGCAUAAAUUAAAGCCAAUCAUAUAAAUUGCUUUAAAUUCUUAACAACCAUCCAUCACAAAACCUUAAAAUUAGACAUCAGACACAAAUAAGCAAUUUGAGGUCAGGAAAAUACUAUUGCUCACUAUUUAUAUUGAAAGUCCCUCUCUUAUAGAACAUUUUUGUAAAUUUUACGGUCAAAACCAAGUGGAAGCAAUGAAAGCAAAUUGAAAACAGACGUUUCUGGAGGUCAGUUCAUAGAUUAACUGGAAGAGGCCCCCAAAAGUUUCAUGUUAUGGGGCUAUGAAGUCAUCGCUUCUAAAAGCUUAACACGUGCUUUUAUUUUGAAAUUGGAAAAUGCCUUUUUAUGCGAGUACCGUAAAAUCCAGAUAAAUGGCGCACAAUAAAUUUAGAGUGGGCUCCUUCGAGCAGAAUCUCGACUGUGUUGACCGCAGAGACUUCACCUGAUGCAUCAGAGGUGACAGCUCUUUGAAUUAGGAGUAAAUAUUUGAUUUCCCUUCUCUGAGUGCUUUCUGGGGGUUAUGUAAGCAGCGACUGUGCUUUAAUAUUUAAAUGUGCUGCUCUCUGUUCAUGUCUCACAUAUUUCUAGGUCUGCGGGGAUUACAUAAGUGUGUUUGUGUGUGAUACACCACCUGGGGAAUACAUCCAGCUGUAAGCAGGACAGAGUGCAAAGCGCUCCCUCUUUCUCUCCUCCUCCUCCAUCCCUCCCUCUCUUCUGUCCAUCCAUCCUUCCAUCUGUCCCCCUGACCGCAGUCUGCAUACAGAGCCACACUGACUGCUGCUGCCUGAUAGGAGCGAGUGGGAGGAACAUCUUUCCUGCUUCUUCUUUGAGAAAAAAUAAAAAAUGAAGAGACAUUCUUCUGGAGCUGCUGCAGCAGCAGGGGAGGGUUUGGCUCCCAGCCUCCUGCAUUACACCAUCUUUCCCCGCUCCUCCUAAUAGCAGACAGAAGGCAAACAAGAGGGUUUAGAUCGCAGCAAAGAAAAUGAGUCACAUUAGAAGAGAAGGGGUGAACGUGGACAGGAAGCUGAGGACUGCAGUAGAAUGAGGGUCAAAGCCGAGGAGAAGCACUGCAGCUGGAAGCCCUUUGAGGCCGUUCUGCUUUUCUGAAGAAGGGAAGGAUAAAAGGAGUCCACCGUGGAGACGAGACGCAGAAGGAGGAGGGCGGCUGAGGAGCAGGAAGCCAGAGGUUCCUCGCAUAACAUGGCUGCUGUGUCCUCUGCCUCCGACACCGGGGACAGCAGAGGCCGCCACCCCCCUGAGCGCCGGCUGCUCAUCCUGGGCGGCCCCCGUUCAGGUAAGACCUCCUCGGCUAACACCAUUCUGGGGGACAAUGUCUUUGACGGGGGCACCGAGACCACACACAGCAACGUGGGCCAGACGGAGAUCUACGGCCGACGUGUCACGGUGGUGGACACCCCACCAUGGGCCAUCCCGUCUGACCCUGAGGACGACGAAGACGCCGACACCACCGACAAUGGUGGCGCCGAGUCGGACAGCCCCACGAGGCCUGCGCAGAGCCUGGACAGUGAGGGACCCUGCAUGGGCGCCAUUCUCUGUCCGCCUGGGCCCCACGCCAUCCUGCUGGUGGUGUCGGUCACCCAGCCCUUUACUGAAGUCGAGAAGAGGGCUGCGGAGGAGCAGCUGGGGGCUUUGGGUGGAGGAACUUGGAGGUACUCAAUCGUCCUCUUCACUUCUGUGGACAAGCUGCCCAAGGGUGUCUUCAUUGAAGAGCAUAUAGCGAACACCGGAGAGGCCCUGCAGUGGCUGGUGGAGCGAUGUGGAAGCAGGUACCACUCAUUCGACAACACACGAAAAGAGACGGAGGACAACACCCAAGUACCUGAGCUGAUGGAGAAGGUGGAGGAAAUGAUCACCGACAACCAAGGCUGGUACUUUGAGGUGAACGAGUUGAUACUUCUGGAGGAGGAGCAGGCCAGAAGAGCUCUGGAGGAGGAGAGGAUGAGGAUGGAGGAGCAUGCGAGGCAACGGGAGCAGAUGAUUGGAGGACCUCCCAGAGAGCUGCGGUUACUGCUGUUAGGCUGGAAGGGCGUUGGAAAAAGCUCAGUGGGGAACUCCAUCCUCGGCCGGCGGUACUUUGAAUCAGGGCAGGAGACGGAGCUGUGUUUGAGGAGGCAAGCGCUGGUCUGCGGCCGCCGGGUCACCAUCGUGGACACCCCCGGGUGGGACUGGUUCUCCGUCAGGCGAACCCCGAAGCGAAUCCGGCAGGAGACGCAGCGCGGGGCGGCUCUCCUGCGGCCCGGGCCCCACACCCUGCUGCUGGUCCUGCCCGUCGUCUCCUCGCUCACGGCCAGGAAGCGCAGAACGCUGCUGGCUCACAUAGAGACCCUGUUCGGGGACGAUGCCUGCCUCCACACCAUGGUGCUGUUCAGCUGCGGGGACUGGCUGGGCCGCACGCCCAUCGAGGAGCACAUCCUCAGAGGCGGGCGGGACCUCCAAAGACUGCUGGAGUACUGUGGGAACUAUUACCACGUGAUGGACAGCAAGACGCCCGGCAAAGACAGGAGUGUUUCCGUCCUGCUGGAUAAGAUAGAAGAGAUGAUCCGGGAGAACGGGGACAAGGCCUUCCUCCCCAUCCAGACGGAGUGGUUGAGUGAGGAGAGCUCGUACUCCUCAGACAACACGGAGCCAGAGGACGACUGCAGAGGAUGCAUGCUACAGUGACGCGCUGGCAGCCAAAGGGGCAGAAGCUCACCGACUCACCUGUGUUGUUCUCCAAGCAUCACCUCAAGUAACUUUAACCUCAUCUAGAUAUCCUUCACUUUCUCUGAAGAGGGAAAAAAAUGAAGGCUUGGAACAAGUCUGUUAUGUAAUUAAAAAGUGACAAACUAGACCAGACACACUGUUCGCUGAGCGCGCCUCAGCCCGGACUGUCAGUGGAGGUUAAACCACAUUUCUGCUAAAGAGUCUGCGUUUGAGCAUCACAGAUAAACUCAGAUUCAAAGGGCCGGCUCACAUCUGCCUGUUAACAGAGGUUAACAAAAUGAAUGUUCGCUGGUUUUAAAAGAAUAAAAUAAUUGAAAAUAUGUUGCAAAUUUCUUCAUGUAGCAGAAGCAUGAAUAUAGCGUUCCCAUCUCCACCUGAUUGGGUGGGAAACACCUUCGUUCAACAAUUCCAGGUUAAAUAUUGAUAAAAGUUUGGUUAGAUUCAGCUCAGGGGGCAGAUUUCUACUGACUUCCUUUGGGAAUUUUUGCAGAAAUCUCUAAGCUGCAAAAAAUAAUAAUAAUAAUGAUUCUGAUUGUAAGUUAAAAAAUGUUGCACUUUAAAUGUGGUUAGCUUUCCUGUUUUUCUAAACUAAAAGAAAAUAUAUAGAGAGGUAACGCGGAUUAUACCUUUGCUGAGCGUUCAAGAAAAUCUCUAGAAAGCAGUUAGGAAGAAGGGCUGCUGCUGAAAGUGUGCAGCCUCAGAUCCCGGCGGAGCAGAGCGGGCUGCCUCUGCUGCGGUCAUGCAUCCGAGAGCAAAUAUCGACCAGAUACGUGCCUCAGCAUCAAAGCCUGCGAGGGGGAGCACAGCCCUGCAGCAGCAGUCCUGUAAUCGGGAAAGGCUACAUCAAGCUUUUGCAUGCUACAAGAAACACAGAAAAAAAGAAACGAAACCUCGAGAACCAGUUGAGCUCACAUAGCCUUUUACUGUCUGCUACUUUUUCUACAUCCACCAGUUCCUUACAGGAGAACAGGCUGAGAGUGAACUCAGCCGGCGUUACAACACCGCAUGCAAGCAAACCGAGUGCCUGUAGAGUUGCAGGCGACCUCACUUCUCAGUCCUCUGACUUUUGCUUGAAACUUUAAAUGAAAAAAUGAUCCUGGCAUUCCAUCGCUCCACCGUACCUUAAAAGAAUAGACACAUAAAGUUAGUGACACAAACCACUGCCGCGCGGUUGAAAACUCAUUUUUAUCUACACAGUUAUGUUUCACAAAGGCUUCUAGUGACGUAGGCCGCCCAGAACGUUGAGCAUGACCUCCACCCCUGCUCCACCUGUGAAUAUGUUGUUGAUCCACGUAUACCUGCAGUGUGAACUUAUGUGCAAGUGUAAGCUGUUAGCAAAGCACUGUGUAAGCUCUGUUUUAAAGUAGCCAAAGUGAUGUUACCAGCUGUAAAGUGAUCACCUCAUCAGUUCUAUGCCCUCCCACUGACAACAAUUAAAGGUACAAACACGUC